CCACAAAAACAUACACCAAAAUAAAGCAAAACCGAAAAAACAAGACACAAAUAUGUCUACAAUGAUACCUUCUUUCACGUGUGUCACAGUUCUAAAGAAGCACAAAUCGUGUUCACAGUUAGAGAUUAGAGCUCAAAGUUUGAGGGACGAAGGGAGAUCGAGUAAUAUUGUUGAUUCGAAUAUGAAGAUUCUGAAGGAUAGAAUUGAAGCUAUGAGAAUGAAAGAGAGAUUGGAAAUGAAUUGUAGACCAAAUGGAUGGGAUUACACCUCAAGUUACAUACGUAAACCUAAAAAGCAACAAGAAUAUUUGCAAACAGUAGCUCUAAUUUGUGGCACAACCAGCUUGCCUGUUCUUAUUGGCACCGGUCUUCUCUGCAUUUUUUCUGUCAUUGCUCGUGUUAACCUAUGAGAAACCGGAAACGAUGACCAAAUGAAACUAGUUCAAGAAAAGGAAGAAACCAAAACAGAAUCACGAGCUAAUAUCUUUUGCGAAGAUGUGAUGAUUUCGGUGAAUUAAAUUGAUAUUUGAUUGUUUUUAAAAUGGUUUAUGAUAAGAG